UGUUGGAACUAUUCGUUCUUAAAUCGACACUUUGAACUGGAUUGGUUUGUUCACGUACCAUACGCCAGCCCUUUGACAGGGAGACAUUUUGCAUAUGCGAUCUGGUGGUAUUUUUUCUCUUGCUUCAUUUUAGCACAGACCCAUCUCCCUGCUGGAGGUUAUCGCUGGUUAGCUGAUCCCUUCUGCUGGGAGAAAGGGGGACUUUACAUCACAAAAACAGAAGACUGACGAAAGCUCAAAGUGUAGAGGCUCACAUUGUCGGUGAAUAGUUGUGUGUCAGUGGAUUAAUUGCAGAUAACGCCAGUCUUCCCUAUCAUACUCUACACAGUGCUCAGUCCUAUCAGACAGCGUUUGUAAUUGGGCCUAUAUUUAGUGUCAGGGAUGGGGUAAAGGCAGGCAACUGGAAACCUUAGCCCCCUUCAUCUCAUUUUCCACCCCCCCCCUUUACCACCCUGCCUCACCCAGCCCAGUCAACAGCAUGCUAUGAAAGCCUGGUUUAGCGUUGCAAAGUUAGUGGUUUGCUCAGCCACUUACUGGUUUGUACAACUGGUUUAAAAUUGACGAGCUAACUUGUACAAGCCAAGGCUGCUGAGACAACUUAACAUGCUGAAACUACUCUGAAAAUAUAAGUUUAAAUGGAAUUUAGUUGCUGUUGAAUACGAGUUUUACUGGACUUUACUGGUUAAGGCUACCCAUGUGCCAAUAAUAAAACAACCUGAAAAGGUGUUAAGAGUUGAUAGUCAAACAGGACUAGUAGUUACUGUGGGGUUGUGGUUGAGCUUAGCCUGAAGUACAUGAACCUUUCCCAGACGAGUAGAGCUUAUGUGAUAACCUUUUGGGUGUUUUAGCUCAUGCUUUUAAUCAAACCAACAGCUAGAUGAAAUAGUUAAGUAUUUAUUUGAUCUACCUUGGAAUAUCACAAUAACAACCUCACAGUCAUGUCGACAAAAAUAAAUCCUUACUACACCUACAAAAAUGCAUGAUACUAAUGAAGUAAAUUUAGAAAGAAGCUAACUUAAUUAACCAAAUACUCUAUUACGCCCUACCACAAACAGAUACCCCUACAUGCACACACUACAUGCCUGCAGAGAAACAGAUAUGUAAAACAAGAGAUUUAUAUGUAUACUGUUAUACCACAGAGGUAGACAGAGUUUAAAUUCUUUAUAUUUUUACUGCAGAGAUAGUAAAGCUGCCUGUAUACCAGUUGGUUGCCUUAGAAACCACAGUAAUAAAUUUAAAAUACUAAAGCCAGAGGAGACGGUGCCUUUUAAUUGAUCAAUUUGUUUUCCACCAUUUAAUAUCAGUCAUUUUUAUUGGAUGUAAGUUAUCAAAGUGAACUCUGGGAUUGACAAUGACUGAGCACGCCUAAUGACCCUCACCUGACUGUAAAUCCUCCCACCCAUCACAGAGGAUCUUUUUUGAUCGUAAUUUCCUUUCUGGAUUGACCAAUUUGCAAGCAUUUCCAUGGUAAUCACAUCAUCAUCGGUGGAGGAGAAGACUGCCCCCUCCAGCAGGAUGGUCCAAUCAGAACCCUGGAUCACCUCUGCCCUGCUUCGUAAGAACAACAAAAGUGGAAGUAGCUCAGGAUGUCCUCCCACCUCCUCCUCCUCCUCUUCCUCAGUUGCCCAGGGCUUCUCCCCCGCUGAGCCAGCCAUGACCAGCCAACACGCACACACUCAUCCCUCCUUCAGCUCGAUCCACUCCAUGGCUGAGCAGCAGCAGGUGCUGUCUGAUAUGACCAUACUCCAGCGGAGGAUCCCCCCCAGCUUCAGAGACCCGGCCAGUGCUCCACUGAGGAAACUCUCUGUUGACCUCAUUAAGACUUAUAAGCACAUCAAUGAGGUGUAUUAUACUAAGAAAAAACGCCGGGCCCAACAGGUCCCCCCAGAGGACAGCAGCACCAAGAAGGAGAGAAAAGUGUACAAUGAUGGUUAUGAUGACGACAACUAUGACUACAUUGUCAAAAAUGGAGAAAAGUGGCUGGACCGCUAUGAGAUAGACUCACUUAUUGGCAAGGGGUCAUUUGGACAGGUGGUGAAAGCAUAUGACCACCAUGAGCAGGAAUGGGUGGCCAUUAAGAUUAUUAAAAACAAGAAGGCGUUCCUAAACCAGGCACAGAUUGAGCUCCGACUGCUGGAGCUCAUGAACAAGCAUGACACUGAGAUGAAAUAUUAUAUAGUCCACCUGAAGCGUCACUUUAUGUUCAGAAACCACCUUUGCUUGGUGUUUGAGUUAUUAAGUUAUAACUUGUACGACCUGCUGAGGAACACAAACUUUAGAGGGGUCUCCCUCAACCUGACAAGGAAAUUCGCCCAGCAGCUCUGUACGGCAUUAUUAUUCUUGGCCACUCCAGAGCUGUCAAUCAUCCAUUGUGACCUGAAACCAGAGAACAUCCUGUUGUGUAACCCCAAACGAUCUGCCAUCAAGAUAGUUGACUUUGGAUCCUCUUGCCAGCUUGGACAGAGGAUCUACCAGUACAUCCAGAGCAGAUUCUAUCGUUCUCCAGAGGUCUUAUUGGGUAUGCCAUAUGAUCUGGCCAUUGACAUGUGGUCUCUUGGCUGCAUUUUGGUGGAGAUGCACACUGGAGAGCCCCUCUUUAGUGGAUCCAAUGAGGUCGACCAGAUGAAUAAGAUAGUCGAAGUUCUUGGUGUUCCCCCCAGCCACAUGCUGGACACUGCUCCUAAAGCCAGGAAAUACUUUGACAAGCUGUCAGAUGGUCUGUGGACAGUGAAAAAGAACAAGGACAUAAAGAAGGAGUAUAAACCCCCUGCCACAAGGCGUCUCCAUGAAAUUUUGGGGGUUGAGACUGGGGGGCCAGGGGGCCGAAGGGCAGGAGAGCCAGGACAUGCCCCAUGUGACUACCUAAAAUUUAAAGACCUGAUCCUACGCAUGCUGGACUAUGAUCCUAAGAGCCGCAUCACACCAUUUUACGCCUUGCAGCACAACUUCUUCAAAAAGACAACAGAUGAAGGAACCAACACCAGUUCAUCUACAUCCACCUCUCCUGCCAUGGACCACUCCCAUUCAACUUCCACUACUAGCUCUGUCUCAAGCUCUGGUGGCUCUAGCGGUUCCUCCAACGACAACCGGAAUUACCGCUACAGUAAUCGCUACUACAACUCUGCUGUCACACACUCUGACUAUGAGAUGACCAGCCCUCAGGCACCCUCUCAGCAACAGAUGCGCAUGUGGCCAGGCAGUGAAAGCGGAGGUGGAGUUCCAGACUCAACAUACACCCAGCUGCUGCUCCACAAGCCUACUGCCUCUCAACAACACCAGCGCCAUUUCUUGGACACCCCCCACCAUCCCCACCCUGUCUACACACAUCAUGGCAGCAGUGGGCGGAGCUUGCGACAGGUCGGGCAAACUGGUGUUGGAGGAGCAGGGGGGCAACAGGGAUCUUCUCCCCAGAUGAAUGACAGCAUGGAUGUUGGUGUUUCCCUGGGCCUUCACCACCUAGGCGGGGCGGUGUCUUCCAUGGAGGCCACUCAAUUUGGCUCAGCCUCCCUGCCUCUGGCUCUGCCCAUCGGACUGUCCGCCUUCCGGACUCGGACGGCCCCAAGCGCCCCAGGGCUACAAGGCCCACCCCCUGAGGACUACUAUCCCUCCUCCAACAACAAUAACCCAGCUGGGGGGGGCAGGGGAAGGCCAGACUCAGAUGAGGGGGCAGCCAACUCUUGAUGAACCCUAAACCAUGCCCUAAAGCCAUACAAUUUUAACAACUACAAUUACAGCAUACACACACACACACACACACACACAAUUUGGAAACAGGAAUAGCCCCCCUGCCCCUCCCUGGCACUUGCUCUCUCUCUCUCACACACACACACACACACACACACACACACACACACACACACACACACACACACACACACACACACACACACACACACACACACACAGAUCUAGAGUUCAGAGACUAGGUGGUGAACUUUGAGCUGAAGGAGACGGUUUAGUCUGCAUGAGAGGAGGAGAUGGAGAAAGGAAGAGGAGGCCAGGAAAAAGCUGUAUUUAUCCUUUUUCUUUUUCUUUUUUGUCUUUUGUUGAGAAAGAGGGGGGACUUCUGGGAUUUAUAUGGAAUAUUUGAGACGAGUUUGUUUUCAUUAAUAUUAAUGUUAUUGUUUAAAAUUUGAUUUUCCUGUGGUGUGAGGAGUUGUGUGUUCUACUUGGUUGUUCCUUGAACUUGGAGAGGAGGAGAAGGAAAGAAAGAGGAAUAAUGACAGUGAUGGUGGUGAAAGAAAGCAGCCUUUAGGAGAAGCCAGAUUACUUGUCUCAUAUUUUCAUUCAGUCAGUAGGGAGUUUCUCACAGUUUGCACUAUAAAUGUUUCUUUUCCAUGGUUCGAGCAGAGACGGGCUGCCAGGACCUUCUUACAUCUGCUGCUGCAUCUUCUGCUGACACACACACGCACACACACACACACACGUUAACAUCUUCACUAUUCUGAGCCACUGAGGGCCAGCAGUCCAAACAGCAAACAGCAACACAACCUACAACAACACAAUACUGCUGCAGCGGCAUGGAAGAACUUGCCAAACAUGUUGUUGGGAGUAAAAGAAAGUUUAUUUCCUGCUCUUCAUUUGUCCUGAGCUCCUUUCUGUCCUACCAGCCUCUCUUUCUCCUCCUCUACUUCAAGAUAGGAAGCUUCCAAAAAAGGACUGACGUUGAGUUCUUUCUGGAUAUAUUCUGCCAAAUGUCUCUCUCAUAUUCUGUAAUUUUCUUUCUCUUGUUUCUCCUUUUUGUUUUUUAUGACUGCUGUCCAGCGUGAUGGAGAGAGGAGAGGAGGUGGGGGGAGAAGGAAAAGUACGUGACAGGACACUAAUGCCUUCCUGGCGCUCAAAGGGACCUCCUCCGCUUCUUCCUCCUCUCCUCUCUUACUCCUCCUCCUCAUGGUGUGUUCUCCUCCAGACAGCUCCUCCUUUCUGCGCUGCUAAUCACCAUGACAACUGGUCGGGAUUGCUGCUAAAGAAACAACACAGAUCAAUAAAGAAAUAAAAAACAUGAAUAAAAACUUUUUAACCCUUCUGCUUCAGAGAAAAAGGAAAAAGUAAGAACCACUGCAUCUCCAUGUAUUUAUUACUAUUUAACAAGAAAAACAAACUGAAAAAUACCCCCUCUUUUCUGCUCUUCUUUGUUUAGUUGCCUUCUUUCUGCAGGUUGGCUGUUGUAACAGUGACAGUAACUGAUGGUGGACAGCGUUGUCCUGUUGCAUUGGUCUACCACUAGUGUGGUGGGGUGGGGGGGGCAGAAUAAA